GUGUAUGUUGAUGACAUCAUAGUUACCGGCAGCAAUCCUAUCACCGUGAAUGACAUUAUAGAUUUUCUUGCCUCUCGCUUUUCAAUUAAAGACUUGGGUAAUCUUCAUUAUUUUCUUGGUGUUGAGGUGAUUCGAAGUUCUGAUGAAAUUAUUCUAUCCCAAGCCAAUUAUGUCAAUGAGAUCCUGAGUGAUGAAUUGAUGUCUUACUGCAAGAGUGCGAAAACACCAAUGAGUGCCUCUAAGUUACUCAAACUCAAUGAUGGGGCUCAGUUAAUAGAUGCAACUCGCUAUCGGCGAGUCCUAGGAAGACUUCAAUAUUUAUCUUUUACGAGGCUGGGCAUUGCCUAUGCAGUCAAUAAAUUGUCCCAAUUUAUGCAAUCACCAUCUGAUCUUCAUUGGAAGGCUGUGAAACCUGUUCUCAGGUACCUUCGUGGUACACUUCAAUUUGGCUUGCGCGUGUCCCCCAAGUUUGACUUUUAUUUGCACAUGUAUUCUGAUGCCGACUGGGCUAGAGAUCUCACUGACAGAUCCUCAACAUCUGGUUAUAUUUUGUUUCUUGGCCCAAACCCCAUCAGUUGGUCCUCGAAAAAGCAGAAGACUGUAACUCGCUUAUCAACUGAAGCCGAAUAUAGAGCUGUUACCAAUGCUCUUGCUGAACUUUUGUGGGUUAGAAACCUAUUGCUUGAGAUGCAACUCUUAGUCAGAGAUAUCUCUACAAUUUACUGUGACAACAUUGGUGUCACUUACCUAAGCAAGAAUCAUGUCCUUCAUAGUCGCAUGAAACAUGUUGAGGUGGAUUUUCAUUUUGUGCGCAACCAUGUUGAAGAAAAGCUGGUUCUGAGUAGUUCAUGUUCACUCUGCUGA